CCCACCCCAGUCCCCCUCAGAGACUUUAAAAGAGGACGAGCAGACCGGCCUCGGUAGUGCGGGUGUGGGCGCCGCUCACCUCCCAUGAGUCCAGCGGCGGCGCAGACCCGCUGAGGAGCGAGGUGGACACGGCGCGAAGCGGGAGGCUGUGGGGAACCUGGGAGUGGCUGGGCCCACUUCAGCACGGAGCUCCGUCCGGUCCUGGCGGGGCAGCCACAGCGAGGCGCAGCUCCUGACGUCCACCGCCCGUCCUUCCUCACCUGGGCCGGGGUUCUAGGCCGCGGAACCGACUCUGAGUGUUCCAUGAUGCCAGAAAUGAAGCAUUCACUGGAAUAAAUCACAGUCUUCCAUAACUUUUAGCUGAACAGCUCAUGUCACAGAUUAUACUUCUCGCCAAGAAAAACAAAGGCACUUCACAUAAGUAGUACUUUGGGAGGACACAGCACUAAGUGAGAACCAAAAGUGGUGUGUUGGAGAUCCUGAGCAUUCAGAAUGCAACCAGACAUGUCCUUGGACAAUAUUAAAAUGGCAUCCAGUGACCUGAUGGAGAGGACAGACCUAGACAGCGGAGGCUUCGGGAAGGUGUCCUUGUGUCACCACAAAAGCCAUGGGUUUGUCAUCCUGAAAAAAGUAUACACAGGGCCCAACCGUGCCGAGGACAAUGAGGCUCUCUUGGAAGAGGGGAAGAUGAUGCACAGGCUGAGACACAGUCGAGUGGUGAAGCUCCUGGGUAUCAUCAUAGAAGAAGGGAAUUACUCGCUGGUUAUGGAGUACAUGGAGCGAGGCAACCUGAUGCACGUGCUGAAGACUGAGAUAGGUGUCCUACUUUCAGUGAAAGGAAGGAUAAUCGUGGAGACCAUAGAAGGCAUGUGCUACUUACACGACAAAGGCGUGAUCCACAAGGACCUGAAGCCUGAAAAUAUCCUCGUUGACCGUGACUUUCACAUUAAGAUAGCAGAUCUUGGUGUGGCUUCCUUUAAGACAUGGAGCAAACUGACUAAGGAGGAACUCAACAAGCGGAGGGAAGCGAGCAGCCCUGCUAAGAAGAACAACAACGGAGGCACCCUCUACUACAUGGCUCCCGAACACCUGAAUGACAUCAAUGCAAAGCCCACGGAGAAGUCAGAUGUGUACAGCUUCGGCAUUGUACUUUGGGCAAUAUUUGCAAAUAAGGAGCCUUAUGAGAAUGUCAUCUGUACUGAGCAGUUUGUGAUCUGCAUAAAGUCUGGGAACAGGCCAAAUGUGGAGGACAUCAUUGAGUACUGUCCAAGGGAGAUCAUCAGCCUCAUGGAGCGGUGUUGGCAGGCGAUCCCAGAAGACAGGCCAACAUUUCUUGGCAUUGAAGAAGAAUUUAGGCCUUUUUACUUAAGUCAAUUUGAAGAAUAUGUAGAAGAGGAUGUGGCAAGUUUAAAGAAAAAGUGUCCAGAUCAAAGCACAAUUUUGAAGAGAAUGUUUUCUCUGCAGCAUGACUGUGUGCCCUUACCUCCAAGCCGGUCAAAUUCAGAACAGCCCGGUUCGCUGCACAGUUCGCAAGGGCUCCAGAUGGGGCCUGUGGAGGAGUCCUGGUUUUCGUGCUCCCCAGAGUACCCCCAGGAAGAGAAUGAGCGCAGCGUGCAGGCUAAGCUGCAAGAGGAAGCCAGCUAUCAUGCUUUCGGAAUGUUCGGCGAGAAACAGACAAAACCACAGGCGAGGCCGAAUGUGCCUUACAACAGAGAGGAGGAGAGGAAACGAAGGGUCUCCCAUGACCCCUUUGCACAGCAGAGAGCUCGUGAGAGUGCAAGAGGAAAAGGUCACUCUGAUCCCAGCACAACCAGUCGUGGAAGUGCAGCUCACCAGCUAUCAGGGCCAGCCAGCCAAACACAGCCGCCACUUUGGAACAAUGGAUUAUAUAACCAGCAUAGGUUUGGAACUACAUGUUAUCGGCCAAAUCUAAGCCAAAUGUAUAAUACUUAUAAACCUCCGGUGCCCGAGACCACCCUACCAGGAAGCACACCCACCAUGCCAUGCUUCUCCUUGCCACUAGCAGAUGAGUCCAUAAGAUGUGCUGUAUACAAUAGUUCUGCUAUUCAGAUUGGAAACUACAAUUAUAUGGAUCUUGGACUGAAUACACAACCACCAAACAACUCUUGCAAAGAAGAGUCAGCUUCCAGGCACCAAGCUAUCUUUGAUAACACCACUAGUCUGACUGAUAAACACCUGGACCCUAUCAGGGACAACCUGGGAAAGCAGUGGAAAAACUGUGCUCGCAAGCUGGGCUUCACUGAGUCUCAGAUCGAUGAAAUUGACCAUGACUAUGAAAGAGAUGGACUGAAAGAAAAAGUUUACCAAAUGCUUCAGAAGUGGCUGAUGCGGGAAGGCACCAAGGGGGCCACAGUGGGCAAGCUGGCCCAGGCACUUCACCAGUGUUGCAGGAAAGACCUGCUGAACCUCUUGAUUCAUGCCAGCCAGAGCUAAGCCUGGGCAGGCUCUGGCAGUGGGAACCAAACUGUUCAUCUGGUGCACAAACCCCUUUUGCCCCAUAGCAUUCAUAACUCUGUCUCAGUACGAGCUCUGCAUCUGAGCACAGUAUCACACAUUUUGGAACUGUUGAUUGGGAAGAGAAAUCUGAAGCCCACCAUGAUCCUUCAGAACAUACAAGCAUGAAGACUGCAGAAUGGUCCAGGACCAGUAGGAGGAAAAAAAUAAAAAGAACAACCUAUUGGGUUUUGAAAGGGAAAGGAGCUGAUAGUGGGGGAAGAUGGCCUUCGUUCAGCUUGUGUCAUAGUCUUCAUUUAGGUUAUUUUCUCAGUUUCCUGUGGUUUCACUGGGUAAGGGAAAACAAACAAAAAUCAUUCAAAGUAUGUAAAAUCAAUGGGCUGGAGAGAUGGCUCAGUGGUUAAGAGCACCGACUGCUCUUCCAGAGGUCCUGAGUUCAAGUCCAUUCCCAGCAACUACAUGGCGGCUCAUAACUAUUUAUAAUGGAAUCUGAUGCCCUCUUCAGGUGUGUGUGAAGAGAGCAAUGGUGGUGUACUCAUAUACAAAGAAUGUAAAGUCAGCUAACUUCCUGAUUCCUGUACUCAAAGUACAGUACAGUUCUGCUCAAAUGCCUUCUGAGCCACAGCUCUUCUAAAAAUUAUAGGAUCUGUUAACGUUAGCAUCCAAUACUGUACUAUCACCUUCAGCUUUAAGAAUCAUGUGCAAUUCUAGUCUAUCAGAUUAUCAAUUAAUGAGGAUUUUUUACGGCAUGCUAAGGAGAAAAAAGUCCAGGGCAGAGAGAGAUCUUCAGGUACUCGCUGUCGUCACAGAACUGCUGCUGAUUGUGACGACUGUAAAAAACUACUUUAAGUUUCUAAAGUCUCUCCUACCAUUCUGGGACUUCAUGCAGUUCCCCAGCCUGCAUACCCUACAGAUGGAACAGAUGUGCAGGAAACACUGAUCAGGAAACAUCAUCUCUUCCUCCCUGGAUAUGACUGGCACCUUAGCACUGCUCACUGUAUCAAUAAACUUUCCUCUGUUUUCUCCAGUG